AGGCUUAUUCUGCUGUAGUGAGGAAAACAUCGCGCCUGCCCUUCUCAGAGCUGUCACAUGGGUCCAAACAAGGGGAAAAAAUCGCUUCCUGAAAUGAUUCUCGUCACCGGCUGUAUCUACUGCUGUCUGUUUCUCCACCACCUCUCCGUGUCUUUGACACCGGUGCGUCGCGUCUGAAUUCUACAGCCAGUCGUGCCACUCUUCUUUUUUUUUUUUUUUUGGCCGAAGCGUCGAUGCGCCGAUGAUGAUCAGCAAGGUUAAAAGCGCGAUGUCCAACCUGGUGGGAGGGAUGAUGCCGCACGGACACCAUCACCACCACCACCACCACAACCAGCAGCAGCACGGCCCGGGAGGGGGCGGCCAGGGCUGCGGCCAGGGCUGCGGCUCCGACGGGCUGCCGCCGCGCUUCCCGUACGGCCGGCCGGACUUCUUGGAGCUGACGCCGGAGCUGCUGCAGUACUCCACCGAGCACGCCUCCCGCCCGGUGCUCACCCUCAAGAGAGGCACCAGGCUCUGCUGGCACACGGGAUAUGCAGAGGUGAUCAACGCAGGGAAGAGCAUGCUGAAUGAGGACCAGGCCUCCUGUGAGAAGCUGUUUGUGAAGAAGCCGAGCGGCAAACACCGGCACUCCACCGUGCUGGAGGACAACGGGGACGGUACAGGGAUCCCUCUCAACUUCUGGGGGGUGUUUGACGGACACGCGGGCUCCGGUGCUGCGAUCAUGGCCUCCAAGCUUCUCCACUUGAUCAUAAGAGACCGGCUCGGGGAGAUCUGCCACCUCCUGGAGAACCCCAGCAGCGCGCCGCCCAUUUGCUUGGCCAAGAAUGGCAGCCCGUAUCAGGCGGACGCCAAGAAAGGAGCCGGGCAGGAACCGGAAGAAGCCGACGCCGUCUGUGACUCGUCGGUGCGGUUUCACAUGGAGAAGGUUGUUAGCCUGGAAAGCCUGGUGAUGGGAGUCAUAGAGACGGCCUUCAAACAGAUGGACGACCUAAUUGAAAAGGAAAAAGCUACAUAUGCCAUUUCGGGUGGUUGUUGUGCCUUAGCUGCCAUUGAUUUAAUGGGGAAACUGUAUGUAGCCAACGCUGGAGACAGCAGGGCCAUAAUCAUACGAAAUAAUGAAGUCAUUCCCAUGACUAAUGAGUUCACGCCAGAGUCGGAGAGACAGCGGUUGCAGUAUCUGGGCUUCCUGAGGCCGGAACUCCUGGGUAACGAGUUCACUCACAUUGAGUUCCCUCGCAGGAUCCAGCACAGCGAGCUGGGCAAGAAGAUGCUCUACAGGGACCACACCAUGACCGGCUGGGCCUAUAAGACAAUCGUAGAAGAUGAUCUGAAAUUCCCACUUAUAUACGGAGAGGGGAAAAAGGCUCGUGUCAUGGCAACGAUCGGCGUGACCCGCGGGCUUGGAGACCACGAGCUGAAGGUUUACAGCUCCAACAUUUACAUCAAGCCCUUCCUCUCCUGCGUCCCAGAGGUAAAGGUUUAUAACUUGGAUGAAAAUAAACACGGCCCCGAUGACGUCUUGGUCAUGGGCACAGACGGUCUGUGGGACGUGACGACGGACAGAGACGCCGCAGACGCUGUGACGGCGUACUUGUCGAGCUGCGACCCCUCGGAUCCCAUGAGAUACACGCUGGCAGCGCAGGACCUGCUGAUGAGGUCACGGGGCGUGCUGAAGGAGCGCGGCUGGCGGCUACCCAACGAUAAGCUGGGCUCGGGCGACGACAUCACCGUGUUUGUCGUCCCGCUGGCCGGGUACGAGUCCGACACCUGACGAGCCCCGUCGUAGCGACCACCGUGGCGAGGCCGGGACUUCGGGCUCCUUCCCACGGUCCCUCCAAGCUCUCAAAACCCUGGAUGAGGCGGUGAGGCAGUGAGGCAAAAAAAAGAAAAAAAAAAAAAGAAUUCAGUGGAAGACUCGGGUCUAAACAGCACCUUCACUGACUUUCUUCAUCAAACCCUGUUUCCUCUUUUUAGUUCAACCCAGGAUCCGUCUCCCAUCUCCUUUGUUUGGUUUCAGUUGUGCAAAAUACAAAACAAACAAAAAAAAAACAAGUUUCUGUUGCAUUAUCAGAGAAGUGAAAAUGUUUCUCUCAGACCUUCUGUUCUAUGGUACGACGGAGUAUUAGGGCCAAACUAAAACAAAAGAAAAUUGGAAAUUACGAGAAUAAAGUCAUAAUAUAAUGAGAAUAAAGUUGUAAAAUUACGAGAAUAAAGUCGUAAUAGAAUAAAGUCGUAACAUUACGAGAAUAAAGUCGUAACAUUACAAGAAUAAAGUGGUAAUUUAUGAGAAUAAAGUGGUAAUUUAUGAGAAUAAAGUCGUAAUAUUACGAGAAUAAAGAGCAUCUUCUCCCUGUGUUAAAAUGAGGAAUAUUGAGCAUCUUGUGAAGUUAUAUUUAUAUAUUUAUAAUAUAUUUAAUAUUACGACUUUAUUCUCGUAAUAUGACGACUUUAUUCUCAAAAUAUUACGACUUUAUUCUCGUAAU